GAGGCAAGCAGUGUGUUCAAAUACUCCCAAAAACACUUUCACUUACUCUGUAUGCAGCUCAGACUCACCUACUCAAGAUCUGCAGCAAGUGAUGAAGGUGCACGGGAUUCUCACAUGUUCACAGCUCUGAAACUUUAGCAGGUUUGUGGUUUCAGUGUAAAAAAAGACAAGGCAAUUUUAAUUACAUAAGACCUUUAGAAUGGACAACAAUGCAAGUCAAGAAGCAGAUGAGAAUCCAUAUCUCUGUUUUCAGAGAACCCCCUCUCUACGUCGCAAAUGGAGAAAACGCUAUGGAGGCCUGGAUGGCAACAAACUGCUGGAACCAAAUAAGGAGGAGGACAUAAAAGAGAAUGGCAUGAUGACGGAUGGCCUCCUGGAAAAGAAUGCAGCCCUGGUAAAGAGUGAAGAACCACAGGAGACUAGUUUAUCAGGGAACAUUCCACAUCCCAUGCCAAGAAAUGCCACGCCGUCUCAGAGGCCUGCUAGCUUUACAGCUCCAGGCUCAGCAGGCUUACCAGCUUUCAUAAGCAAUGGCAGUGCAAAAUCCUCCGUCCCUCAUGCAGAGCAGGACCGAGCCCAGACUGCCCAGCCCUGGCCCAACGUCAGCAGGACAGACGUCCAGCACUGCCAGGCGAAGAGAAAAGUGGCCGCUGACGUGCUGUUUGACAGCUUUGCCUCCGGAGGAAGAGUCAGCACCAAUCAUUUCUUUGAGACCCUGUGGAGCGCCGGUGUGUUACGCAAUGACCCACGGAUUAAAGACUGUUAUGCACUGAUGAGGAAACUGCAGGAUGCUGAUGGAGCAGUGGACAGGAACACCUUCCAAAGGUGUGUGACGGGCUUUGUGUCUUUCAUCCUGAAGGCCGUGCAAGGCAGAUUUGUCAUUCCAGAUUUUUCCACGUUCGCUGAGGAGACCCAGAAGUUGUUUAUUAAAUGUAAACAGCUGUCUUCUGUAAAGGAGAGAGAAGACCGGAGUGAGGGGAGUGGAAAAUGGGGAGUUUCAAUCUGUACAGUUGAUGGCCAGAGGCUGUCUCUAGGAGACUGGGCAGAGCCGUGUGUAAUGGGAGAGAUCUCAUGGCCUCUUAUAUAUGGGCUUGCAGUGCAUCAGCUUGGAGUUGACUAUGUGCACAGAUAUGUUGGUUUGGAGGAAUAUGCAAAAUAUGAGUCUCCUUUUACUCUAAGCAAACAAGGUGUCCCUCACAGUCCACUUACUGAGACAGGAGCUAUCAUCAGUGCGUCACUGCUGCAGCAGUUAACAGUCAGGCCAGUUACAGAGGAAGAGGAGAAAUAUGAGUCGGUUCUGAAUAUUGUGAGGAGGCUGUGUAAUAAGGAGCAUGCCAAUUUAAACUGCACCAGCUUUCAGGGCUUGAGGAGGGACAUCAUUCGUCUACAUGCCCUUUCAUUUUAUCUCCAAGAGAAGAAGUGCUUUCCAGAAGGUGUUGACAUAAAUGCCACACUUGAUCUGCUGUUACAGUGUUUGUCUACAGAAGUCACCUGUGAGUCUGGAGCAGCUUUGGCUGCUACUUUAGCCAAUGGUGGUCUCUGCCCCAUGUCAGGAGACCAGGUCAUCUCUCCCUCUGCAGUUCGGAGUACUCUCUCCAUGAUGCAGGUGGCAGGAAUGAAUGAUUACUCCAGAAUAUUCCAUUUUAAGACAUCUGUGCCUGCCAAAUCCAGCAGCUCUGGUGUGGUGCUGAUAGUAGUCCCUGGAGUUCUGGGCCUCAUGUGCUGGUCACCAGAGUUGGACGCACACGGUAAUUCCUGGAGGGGUGUGCAUUUCUGUGAGGAGCUGGUGUCGGCCUUCCAGCUGCACAGUUUUGAUAUUCGGACUCCUUUCCGGCAGGUGCUGUCCUACAGGCAGUGGAAAGUGGAGUCUGAGGGUUACCAAAUCAUGAAUGUCCUUUUGGCUGCUUAUAAAGGUGACCUGCUCUCCUUAAGGAGGUACUUCCUCUCUGGCGCUGAUGUGAAUGCUGUGGAUUAUGAUGGAAGGUCUGCCCUUCAUGUGGCCGCCUCAGAGGGGCGCCUGGAGGUCAUCAAGUUUCUUGUGGAGAACACCGGAGCCAACUGCACACUCAAGGACAGAUGGGGAAACACAGCACUGCAAGAGGCUGUGAGAUGCAAUCAAGGGCCUGCUGCUCAGCUUUUCAAGAAGUACACAGACUAUGAGGAGAGUUUAUGACAGAGCAUCGGUCAGGCACUGCUGCUGACAGUUUAACAUGUGCAUAGUUUCUGCAGUUGCACACUGAGGCUUUAAAGACCAGUGGUUCACAUACUUUAGGCUUCCUGUUGCUUUAUAUGAGAGUGGUUGUUGUGGUGUGUCAAGUCUAGUUUUCAGAGCAGAAACCAGGUGUUUCACUGGCAUCUUGCUACUUUCUCAAUUAACAGGCAGAAGAACUUCACAGUUUAUUGAGUAGAUUUUAAAGGAAAUAACUUGCCUUAUCUAACUAAUCUCCCUCAGUGGUCUGGAACUAGCAGACAGUUACAUACUGCAUAUUGAAGGUAGGCCUUAAGCAGGCUGUGCAGUCAUACAGUGUUGUUUGGUUGUGCAUAUGACACAGGCUGAUGUCAAACAAGUGUUCAAAAAAAUAAACAAAAAUUUAAUUAUUAUUAAAUUACAAAUAUUUUGUAAAGCUAAUCAAGUGAUUGGUGAACACCUAUUAUUUGAACUAUUCUAAAUAACUUUCAGAUUAGAUUAAUUAGACUACUUUAGGCAAUAUUAUGAAAAUAAGUAAGACAUUGUAUUAUUGUAUAUCAGUCUUCGUAACAAAUCAUUAAUUUAGAGUUUAGAGCAGUUCUUCUUGACAGCCAAAGAAUCUCACAAGUAAAUCUCAGAAGCAUAGUAUUUUGUCAGCAAAGAUCAUAGUGCGAGAUGAGUUAUUUAUUCAGUUUGGUUGACAUGUUAGUCUACUUUUUCUGACCUUAAGACCAGAGUCUUUGUAGCCAAGAAAUGUGAAAUCAUUGAAGUGGACAAUACACAAUCAUUGACUAGAUCAGCCAAGAAACUUCCCUACCCUAUUUCCAGCUAAACUCAGUACAGCACUGUAAACAGUCUCAGAAGGCAGGGCUCUGUAGCCAAUCACUGAGCAGAAAUUUAAAUCCCAAUACCCAACAGGUCCGAAUGAACGGUGCUAGAGUGCAAAGUGCACAAUCCUAGUGACCAAUCAUAUUUUUAGGAUUUUGAAAACACCACCAGCCAAUUGAAAAUUGGAUUUGUUAUCUGACCAGCCAAUCAAAGUUCAGGGAAAGUAUACACAAAUAAUGUAUACUAUAAUAAGCUCCACUUGCCAGUGUUAAGGGCUAACAAUUAUGAAUAAACUUCUUCUACCAAUCCCUGGAUAUGAAAUUCAGCCCAGGAUAUUUCCAUACAAAUCCAUACAAGUCUGCUGUUGAAACUGUGCCUUUUAUGGUUAAAUGGUUUAAUUUCAAACUUUUUUUUUUACCUUUUUACUAAUUUCUGUAGGAUCUUGUGUCUUAAAAUGGUGUAUUUUUGCGUUUUUAGUAUUGUUAAUAAAUUCCUCUUUAUGAACAACA